CAGAGUCAAACUGGUUUCUGAGGAAGUGAAACUCUCACAGUCUUUGUGUCUGAGAGGAGAAAUGGCGCAGAAAGGAGUUGAUCUGGAUCAAGAAACCUUCUGCUGUUCCAUCUGUCUGGAUCUGCUGAAGCAUCCAGUGACUAUUCCCUGUGGACACAGCUACUGCAUGAAGUGUAUUCAAGGAUUCUGGGAUGAAGAGGAGAAACUCCCCAGCUGUCCUCAGUGCAGGAGGACCUUCAUACCGAGGCCUGUUCUGUUGAAAAACACCAUGUUAGCAGAUAUAAUAGAGAAGCUGAAGAAGACUGGACUCCAAGCUGCUCCUGCUGAUCUCUGCUAUGCUGGACCUGAAGAUGUGGUCUGUGAUGUCUGCACUGGAAGAAAACUGAAAGCCAUCAAGUCCUGUUUGAUCUGUCUGGCCUCUUACUGUGAGAAACACCUUCAGCCUCAUUUGGAUGCAGCUGCAUUCAAGAAACACAAGCUGGUGGAACCCUCCAAGAACCUGCAGGAGAACAUCUGCUCCCGUCAUGAUGAGGUGAUGAAGAUGUUCUGUCGCACUGAUCAGAAGUGUAUCUGUUAUCUCUGCUCUGUGGAUGAACAUAGAGGCCACGACACAGUCUCAGCUGCAGCAGAAAGGACUGAGAGGCAGAGAGAGCUGGAGGAGAGUCAACAACAAAUCCAGCAGAGAAUCCAGGACAGAGAGAAGGAGGUGAAGCUGCUUCAACAGGAGGUGGAGGCCAUCAAUCACUCUGCUGAUCAAACAGUGAAGGACAGUGAGAAGAUCUUCACUCAGAUGAUCCGUCUCAUCCAGAAAAGAAGCUGUGAUGUGAAGCAGCAGAUCAGAUCCCAGCAGCAAACUGAAGUGAGUCGAGUCAAAGAUCUUCAGGAGGAACUGGAGCAGGAGAUCACUGAGCUGAAGAGGAGAGACGCUGAGCUGAAGCAGCUCUCACUCACAGAGGAUCACAGCCAGUUUCUGCUCAACUACCCCUCACUGCCACCACUCAGUGAGUCCACACACUCAUCCAGCAUCAAUGUCCGUCCUCUGAGAUACUUUGAGGAUGUGACAGCAGCUGUGUCAGAGCUCAGAGACAAACUGCAGGACAUUCUGAGAGAGGAAUGGACAAACAUCUCACUGACAGUCACUCAUGUGGAUUUUUUACUGCCAGAACCAGAACCAAAGAGCAGAGCUGACGUCUUCAAAUAUUCACGUCAAAUCACACUGGAUCCAAACACAGCACACAGACGACUGUUAUUGUCUGAGAAAAAUAGUAAGGUGACAGUGUUGAAAAAACCUCAGUCUUAUUCUGAUCAUCCAGACAGAUUUACUGAUUGGUUUCAGGUUCUGAGUAGAGAGAAUCUGACUGAACGUUGUUACUGGGAGGUGGAGUGGAGAGGAAAUUUUGUUUAUAUAGCAGUCGCAUACAAGAACAUCAGCAGAUCUGGAGAUGAAAGUUUAUUUGGUUUUAAUGACAAAUCUUGGGCAUUAGUUUGUUCUCCAAACAGUUUUUCAUUUUACCACAACAGAAUCCAAACCUCCAUCUCAGCUCCUGUUUCCUCCAGAGUAGGAGUGUACCUGGAUCACAGAGCAGGUGUUCUGUCCUUCUACAGCGUCUCUGAAAGCAUGACUCUCCUCCACAGAGUCCAGACCACAUUCACUCACCAUCUCCAUGCUGGACUGAGGUUGGAUUAUGUUGUCAGAAACACUGCAAAGGUCUGUAAAGUCAAAUAGUUCCUGAAAGAAUAGAAACGUUUGUUUUUAGUCAUGUAUCUGCUUUAGAUAAUUUUGAGCUAAAUAUAGGUAAAAAUUAGCAAUCCAGUAACUAUAUUAUUAUUUGUUUAUUUUAGGACAAAAACAAACAACAAACAUCAAGAUUUUAUUAGUGGAAUUCUGUUCAUGUCUUUUCUUCUAAAACUAUUUUCUAAAGUUGUUAUUUAUAAAUGAGCUUAAUGUUUCAGUGCUGCCCUCUGUUGGUCAAACAUUUAAAGCUGAUCUACAAGUCAGCUGUGGUCAAAGAUGGAAGCUUUUUUAGAUCAAGAGAAACAUCUUUGGACCUCCUUUGAUCUUCUGAAAUCAAAUGAGAUAUUUCUGACAGCAGCGCAGAGGUUCUGGUGUAAAACCUGGAAGUGGGGAGAACAAAGAAGGAACUAAAAAUCUCCACAUGACUUCAUGUGAAUGAGAAGAUUGCUGAUGCUUGUUAAUGUAGAUCAGUGGAUCUUUAAGUUCUUGAGCAUUACUAGCCUGCAUAUCUUCAGCAGUCUGAUCCAGGUACAUUUAAAAAAUGAUUCAAGUCCCUCUUUCAUGUAACACAAU